AUGAAACUAACUAAUGGAAACCCCAAUUCAAAAAAGAAAAUUUCUUUAAUAUCAGCCACUUCAUCUUCAGACAGUAGUUUCCAUCAAAUUGGAGAUUUAUUAAUUGAUAAAGAUAAUGAUGAAGUUAAGAAACCAGAUAAUGAUGGUCUAGAGUAUUUACCUACUAUAGUUCCUACAACAUCAAAAAGUUCAGCAAAUUCUUUUCUCUCCUCAUCUUCUAGACGAGUAUCUUCAUCAUUAUUCUCAUUUAAGAAACAUGUUAAAGUCAUUAAAACUAAACAAUCACAGUUACCAAUAUCUGUUAAAGAAAUUCAAGAUAUAAACUAUAAUAACAUAAUGAAUGGUAAUGUACGUAUAUCUCAAGUGCCAUAUAUUUCUUCAAUGGAAGAAGUUAGUCCAUUAUUUAAAAUGGAUCUUCCAAAUGAUGCUACGAAUAAUCAGGAUUUAGAAGAGGAUGGUAAACCAUUGAAUUCACCAAAGAACUUAUCAAAUUUGGAACAGAUGAUAGAUGGUGCUCUUGAGUCAUCUGGUUUAUUUUCCUUAAGAAACUCAGUUAUUUCACCUUCACCGAAGAAUAAACAGUUUAAGAUAUUAUACAAUGAUAACAAGGCUUCCAAAAAUAGGGAUGAUUUAAGCAUUGUGGGAAUUUUUAAACCUAAAACAGACCAGUAUGAUAAUAUAAAGGAAGUGGUUAUGGUUAUAGAUGGUAAACAACCUUCUAUAAGGGAAGGCUUAUAUAUAAACAAUAAUUGGAAUAUCCCGAGACAUAUGGCAUCAUCGGAGUACAAAUUAACCUUACCAUCUACCUGCUUAGAUUCAAAUAUGAAAAAACAAGCCAACAAAAAUAUAAUACAUUCUGAUUCCUUCUAUGAAAUAAUUCCAGGCAAAAUAAAUACUUCUAGUACAUCACUUCCUAAUCAAGACCUUAAAACGAAUAAUUCAAUUAAUGAUAGUGUUGAUUCCAAUAUCAACGUAUCCUCUGCUGAAACCGGGGAAGAAUAUUAUCCUAAUAUUCCUAGUGAAAACAAAGACUACACUUAUUUAAAGAAAGUAAUAACAAAUAUAGACAAAAUAGUUGAAAAUAAUAAAAGUAGUACAGGUUUGGAAAUUAGAAGUGUCUCACCCUUGUCAAUUAUUAAUUAUUACGCUGAUCAAAAUUCAUUCUCCGAUGAAAAUUUUGAAGUGUCAAAUGGGAAUGAAAAGGAUGAUCCAUCUUUGAAUGAGUGUAUAAGUAAAUAUCAAGAAAUAUUACAGGAGAACAAUAAUCUCUUAAAACAAAAUUAUUUUCUGGCUCAACAAUUAGAAAGAAUUUCAAGUAGGUUAUUGGAAAAUCUACAGGAUAGUAAGUAUAAUUUCCAAAAUAGUAAACUUAUAUUUGAAACCAUUAAACUGAAACAGAAGGUCGCUUCUAUGAGUAAAGAAAAUAUUGAAUUAAAAACUAAAUUAAAAUUACAUAAAGAUAGUUCAUAA